AUGGCCAGUAAAACCUGUGGAAGAGUGUUGUUUUUAGGCCUGGUUCUGAUUAUUGUGGUCAUCCAGGGUGAUGCAGCUCGACCUCGCCAGUUUGGAAAUGGAAAAGUGGAAGUGGUGGUGGCAAAGAAACAAGAAGCAAAUACCAACUUGGGGGAGAUGAAAAACUUGCCACCUUUUCCUUUUCCAUUUCCCUUUCCAUCGCCGCCAUACAUGCCAUUUGCACCUCCGCUUCCGCUUCCGCAGUUCCCUCCAUUCCCAUUUCCAACACCAAGCCUUCCGCCAUUGCCUCCUUUCCGUUUUCCUCCCUUCCCUGAUUUCCUUUCUGCUACACCUCCCCCUCCAUGA